AGCCUACCGAGGGCGCUCAAAACAUCCCAAACUCACAGACUGAACCUCCCCAACAGAACAGCCCAACAGCGAAAGGCUGGGAAGAGCGACGACGCUCUGCGCAUGUGCGCUCUCCGGGGGUCGAAAAUCGGACAGGCGCCUUUUACCAAGUUGCGUCGUCCAGAGGGCGGCGCAUGCGCAAGCUCAGUUCUGGGCGCUCUUGCAGACAAAAGACCUCAAUCUCUUUCCUUAGUCGACCAGACCUUCCAAACCUGGCUUAUAAGAGGCUAAAAGGCAAAAGUCCAGGAAUUAUCUUCAUCCCUGGCUAUAUUUCUAAUAUGAAUGGUACAAAAGCAUUGGCGAUUGAGGAGUUUUGCAAAUCUCUAGGUCACGCCUAUAUAAGGUUUGAUUACUCAGGAGUUGGAAAUUCAGAUGGUAACUUAGAAGAAUGCACAGUGGGAAAAUGGAGAAAAGAUGUUCUUUCUAUAAUUGAUGACUUAGCUGAAGGACCACAGAUACUAGUUGGAUCUAGCCUCGGUGGAUGGCUUAUGCUUCAUGCUGCAAUCGCACGGCCACAAAAGGUUGUUGCUCUUAUUGGCAUAGCGACAGCUGUGGAUGGCCUGGUGACACAGUUUAAUCAGCUUCCUGUUGAGGCAAAAAAGGAAAUAGAGAUGAAAGGUGUGUGGUCCAUGCCAUCAAAAUACAGUGAAGAAGGAGUUUAUCGCAUUCAGUACAGUGUCAUUAAAGAAGCAGAGCACCACUGCUUGUUACAUAGUCCUAUUCCUGUGAACUGCCCUAUAAGAUUGCUCCACGGCAUGAAGGAUGACAUUGUACCAUGGCAUACGUCCAUGCAGGUUGCUGCCCGAGUAGUCAGCACAGAUGUAGAUGUCAUCCUCCGAAAGAAUAGUGAUCACCGAAUGAAGGAAAAAGCGGACAUUCAACUUCUGGUUUACACUAUUGAUGACUUAAUUGAUAAGCUUUCAACUGUAGUUAACUAGAAUCACAGUUUUAGUUGGAAUGUAAAGUAAUGGAUCCAGAGGAUGGAAGCGGGAUAACAGAUGAAGGACCCUGAUACUUAGAAGGUUUUUUUCUCUUAUCUCUACUUUGUAAAUAUCAUGUGAGUAUUUAAUGAUGUAUUUGCACAAGUGAUUCAGAUUGUGAAGAAAGUGCCAGCUGCUGUUUGAAAAAUUUUCUUCUUCCUCCAAUCCUUGAUUUUUUUCAUCAAAAUAUUUCCUAUUUUUUUAUUCAAGAGAUGUUUACCUUCUAAUGCUUAUGUUAACUAUGCCAGCUCUUACUUAGAAUUGCUAAUAAAACUUGAUUUUUUUGUUUUUUGUUUGGUAUCAUUGUAUAUGGAGAUUUGCAAAAUUAUUUCUGAUUUUAAAAUGCAGUUUACAAGAUAUAGGAAAAUGUUUACUGAAAUAAAUCUAAAAUGACUAGAGAAAUGUCUGAAGCAUAAUGAAGUUCAAAAUAAAGCUAUUACUUUAUAUAUUA